GGAAAGCUUCCUAGAUCAGUUUGCAAGAUACCGAGUCCCAAAACUGUUUAUAGGACCGCUGUCUUUAAAAUUCUUCAUAUCUUCUCGUUAGUACACGGACUUUGUACGGAAAAAUCUAUCGUGGAACAAUAUUUUCUAUGGCGAUUUUGAGGAAAUUAUAGUGAGAAAAUUCACCGAGACUAGUUCGAAAAUGACAAGCAAAAUAGGUCUACUUUUCUGAUGAUCCAACUCUACUCUCCAGCACCAAACAUAACACCAACAAUGAAGACAUCUUACUCGUCGAGUGACGAAUCUACUCCGGGAGAAGACAGCCAGUGGACAUCAGGACAUCACUCGGAUUUCAGCAUUGACUUUAUCCUGAACGAGGCUGGACCAGGGUCCCGUAGGCGUCUCCAGAGGUCGGGGACUCCGGAGGCCGCCAAUAGGACCGAGAUUAGUCUGGGAAAUAGUCCGCCUUUAGACGGGUUCGCUUGGCUUCAGUGUACACGAUAUCGGCCUCCUAAACUUCAGAGAAAUCGGCGUAAAGAGGGUCGCCAAAGACGUCAGCCAGGCCGGAAUCCGCGCAUCCCGUUCUCGGCCGAGCAGGUGGCUCUACUGGAGCAGCGCUUCCGAGCCAGUCAGUAUCUGGGCGGAUCAGAGGUGGCCAAGCUCUCCACCAUGCUCUGCUUGUCUGACACUAGGGUAAAGAUCUGGUUCCAAAACAGGCGAGCCAGAGAACGACGGGAACGCCAGACAAAUUCGUCGAACUCGACAAAUUCGUCACCAGAUAAGCAGGAGAAAUCGUCCAACCCCGUACUUGGAGAAUCCCCCGCCAAGUCUCAAAUGAAGAUACUACCCACCAGUCAAACAUCGGCUUUUAUGCCUUAUAGUCUCAAAUUGGCAUCAAACUCAACUAUGGACAAUAAUAGCAGUUACAACUUGAUCAAGAAUGUAGCAAACUCGAAUAUGGACAAUAAUAAAUGUUACAACUUGAUCAAGAAUGUAUCAAACUCAAGCAUGGACAAUAAGAGUUACAACUUUGUCAAAGACGCUACAAACACAAAAAUGGAAAUAAAUAUUUACAACCGUAUCAAAACCGCUUCAAACUCAAUGAAUGAUCACAGCAUUGUUAAAAACUACACUUUCUAUCAAGAGGCUCCUCUAGAAUUAAGUCCACAUGCUCGCGUUGAAAACAGAAAAUUGAACAUUACCACUUGUAAAUAAAUAAUUUGAAUGUCCGUGACAAAUAUUUUAAAUACAAACAUAAUACAGUGUUAUCAUAAAAGAAUGGUGCGGUUUCGAACAUUGUUUAAAGAAAAACCAAAUUACUUACAGUUAAUGUUUUUUAUUCACCUAAUUUGUCGUCUGAAACAGUUUUUUACAUGAUUAAUAGCUUUCAAUAAGUGUGCCCUUAGUCGCU